GGGUGUGCUUGUUACACGGUCCAGGGUGCGUGAGAUGUUGACAUGAGUCAAUCCUGCUGCGGCUGCAAGGAGAUGGAGCCAGACAGUUGCAAGACGUGUUUAUCAUGUACCUUACCCCAAUAGUUUGUGGCACAUUGAUGGAAACAUGCGUCUCAUAAGAUGGGGCUUUGUGAUUCAUGGUGCAAUUGAUGGAUACUCCAGUCUGAUUACUUACCUCAACUGCAGUACAGACAAUCGUGCCACAACAGUACUUUCUCAGUUUUUGAAAGCAACAUGCCUCUAUGCACUACCAUCAAGAGUCCGAUCUGACCAUGGUGGUGAAAACAUCCUUGUGGCUUUAUUCAUGCAUCUAGUUCAAGGACUUGAACACAGAUGUUUCAUAACCGGACAAUCAGUUCACAAUCAGAGAAUUGAAUGCCUUUGGCGUGAUGUAUUUUUGCAUGUGUUGCAGCACUUUUACCUUAUGUUCUACUCCUUAGAGGAUUCAGAAAUUCUAAACCCAGAUGAUGUCCACAGACUUUCACUGUAUAUUGUUUAUCUUCCUGAAAUUAAAAAAAGACUGGAGCAGUUUAGACAGGCCUGGAACCUCCAUCCGUUACGAACAGAAAAUAAUCGCACACCAACUCAACUCUGGACAGAGGGGAUGCUCAAAAACGUUGCAACAGACAGCACAACUGUCAACAAUGUGUUUGGGGAAAAUCCCUACAGUGACCAAAACAUUGAUGCCAUCCUAGCACAGUAUGGAAUUCAAACACUGCCUACACUUGAUGAGGAAGAGUUCCCAGCUGUUAAUGUAGAGCCUCCUCAACUCAUCCUCACUCAGCAACAACAGACAUCUGUACACAAUGCAAUCCAACACCUUUCUGAUCUAAGGAUAAAAUAUCAGGCUUGCUGUACUGCAAUUAACGGUAUUUUGCAAACUCGGGUAUAGUCUAAUUCCAAGCCCAGAGACAAAAGUUUAUUUACUGCAUGUAUUAUCCAGGACUAAAAGACAUUUUUAGCUUCAACCGCUUUGUUUUAUUUUCUGUUAAAAUAAGGUGUUAUGGGCGGUGCAGCUGAUGAAGCUACAGUAAUGCCAGGUGUGCUAGAUUUGGCAGUAGCUACAGCACUGUUGGUGCUGUGUUAUGUCUUUUUUGUUGUAAUACUGACAAUAUUUGUAUUGUUCCUUUAUACUUCCACGGUGUUACAAUUUGUAGAAAAUUCGGAAAAGCAUCUACCAGUAGCGGAGUGGCCAUCGGGAGAGUCGGGAAAUUUCCCGGUGGGCCGGUAGUGUUUUGAGGCUGCGAGGGCCGGUCUGAUAAUGGAUAAUAGUUAUACAUUGCAAGUUAUAUAGCAACCCCGUCUGGCGGCCUGAUGUGCAGCCGCUUCCAGCUGGUCAAACUGUGCAGCCUCUUCUCAACACAGUAGGCUAUAUAAAAGUGCUCAACCUGUUCUCCAGGUUUAACCAUGUUUAGGAUUUUUUAAAAAUAUAGGGGGAUUAUUGAACGGCCCCUCUCCAAAUUGCAUAGCCUGUCGGUCUUUGCGUCGCCGAAUGCCUGUUUAUUUCAGUACAUAUGCGGUCGAAUUGAUCCAUCAAGCGGAGACUAUUUGAUAGAAAGUGUGGAUUAAGGAUGUUUAAAAUCUCUAGCCUGGAGUUCAGUACUUGAAUGGAUAAAAUCAGCACAUUUGCAAAUGUUUAUCUCCAUAUGGCUAUAUAUAAUAAAUAAAAAUUAGAAGGGUAACUUUGCAGUAUCACAUUUUAUAUUUCCUACUAUUAGAUUUCUAUUAGAUUUCCAUAUUAAUAGACGAGAGUGUUUAACUGAAAUAUAUAAAUAUCCUCACAACAUUAUUAUUUCUCAAAACUUUGACAAAAAUCAUUUUCAAAUGAACUGUAUUCUUACAGUUAUUCAAAGAUGCACA